AAAAUGGCAAAACAAUUUUCCUAUAAAAGUUCGAUAGGUACUACUUCAACUUAUUUGCUCAGUGUUAUCUAUAAAAGCAACACAAAUAAUGCAAUGAAGUAGGUAAGAUUGAUGAGACAGUUACACUCAGUAUUUUGUAGGGUUGCAUUCUGUAUAAAAUAAUGGAAAUAUCGUUUUCCGGUAAAACAGCGCUUGUUACUGGUGCAGGCUCUGGUAUUGGAAAAGGUAUAGCGAAAAAGUUGGUUGAAUGUGGUGCCAGUGUCGUAGCUUUGGAUGUCUCCCAGACUUCUUUAGAUGCUCUAAAAUCAGAAAAUCCAAUGAUAAAAACAGUAGCGGUGGAUCUUUGCGACUGGGAGUCUACCAAACAUGUUGUCAGAUCAGUUUCUCCGGUGGAUCUUUUAGUCAAUAAUGCUGGAGUCGGUAUAAUUGGACCUUUGGAAGAAGUAACCGAGGAAAAGUUUUAUAAGAUAUUUGAUGUAAACGUGAAAGCAGUAAUUAAUGUAACUCAAACAGUGAUUGAAGACCUUGUGAGGAGAAAUUCACCAGGAUCUAUAGUGAACAUAUCAUCACAGGCAUCAACAGCAGCACUCUCAAAUCACAGUCUCUACUGUGCUACAAAGUCGGCAGUUGAUGGAUUUACUAGAGUAGUAGCCCUAGAUUAUGGUAAAAACAACAUUCGUAUCAAUUGUGUCAACCCUACAGUAGUUAUGACCGAUUUGGGCCGUCUGGUUUGGUCUGAUCCAAAGGUCAAACAGCAUAUGCUCGACAAAAUUCCGAUAAAAAGGUUUGCUGAAAUUGAUGACGUAGUCGAUGCAGUUUUGUUUUUGCUGAGCGACAAAGCAAAAAUGAUUACCGGUAGCUGCCUACCUGUGGAUGGAGGAUUUUUAGCUUGUUAAGCAUUAAAUAAUGUGAAAUCAAAUGCAGUUUGUGGUUUAUCGUGCCUUUAUUCUAUCUUCUAUAAACUCCGAUACAAGCUGACCAACUAACUUACUUUGCUUUAACACAAAAACAUGAUCAUAGCUCCAAACAUGGACCCUCAUGCCAGGAAUGCAUUCACUUACUUUUUUAUAAUCCACAUUAUCUGUAAAUCCGUCAUGUAUACCGUAACAAAUAGAUAUUUUGUCCGAAUUUUUUUUUAGUACUCUAUCGUCCCUUUCUCGUAUAUUUUCAAAGCACUCUAAAGCGAGAAAGUAUAUCUUCCGUAACUUCUCUAGGCUUGAAAAUUCCCUUAUAUUCUCAAGAUGUUCAGAAGCUGAAAUCCCACUGAUAACGAAGAAUAUGUAUAAAAAAAAGGUUUGAAUAAUUCGAGGAAGAUUACUGAAGAUCGAUGUAACCAAAAUGACAAGCCAAGUGAUUUUAGGAAGGAUGCGGAUCAAAAAUUUUCCGUUCGUUGACAGUGCCAAGUUUUCAAUAGUUGGAAAAAGUAGGUUCACAUCAGCUACUUUCGGUUUAACUGAAGGGUGUUCCAAAAUCCGGAUGAUCACGUAGGAUCCUACUGAAUGUCCUAUCAGAUGGACUCUUGCUGUCUUCGGGACGUACUUCUCGAAGAAUUCAAUCUGAAAUUUGAAAGGUUGUCUUAUAUAACUAGUUUCUGCUACUUUUUUGCGGGUUAGUUACGGAGAAGCAUUAAUAUCUUUGCACUGAUAAAACAUCUCAGGAAAUGAUUUUACUCUCCACAUGAUUUUUUUAACAUAUGGAACCCAAUGUUUUUCCAUUAUCUUAAACUGUUAACCAUCUCGUUAUCAGUGAGGCGUUUAUUAUUGUGCAAGACAUGUAUUUUUAUUUCAG